AUGCUAAUCAGGUCUUUUAUUCUCGUAACUUUCGUGAGCUCGUUAAAUCUACUCAAAGAAUUAGGGAGUCUUUAUUUAACAGAAGGUGAGGAAUAUGAACUUCCUUUAUCAGACUACUUUUCUGGAGACAACUUAUCAUUUUCAAUAGGAGACACCAACAUGACUAAUAGCUCUGCAAGAAUAGAAAACCAAUGCGAUUUUCAUCAUUUAUCUACGACUCCAUAUGAAAAGCUAGAGAAAUUUUGGCCCUCUUGGGAUGCUCAGCCUGCUAUAAUAUGGCAAGAUGUAAAUUUUCAAGUUAUUGCGGGAUUCAGUCAAAAUUAUUUAGCUGUUUAUAAAUUUUUGGCGUUAACAGAAGAAACCAAGCUUAUUUGAAGUACAACUCUAAGCACAGAGCACAAAAACUCUCAAAUUCAAGCAGUUGCGCCAGUGAAAGCUAAUCAUGGUGACAAUUAUCUGGCUGUAUUAAUAAAACAGCAAGAAAGCAAUGGCUUAUGAAGAAAUGAUAUCUAUAUGAUUAAAAUGCAGGAUGGAUAUAUUUUCCACGACCCUGAAAAGUUAAAUUUAAAUGAAAUUACCUACGCUUCAAAAAUUCUAAUGGAAUAUGGAGCUAUGCAUAGGUAUUUUCCCAUCUAUUGCGAAUUUCAUAAAAAUUCAAGCAUUCCUAAUGUUUUGUAUAUUUAUGAAAUAAGUAAUUUUCAUGAGCCAAUUUUAGUGCAAGCUAUUUCAAAUUAUGAGAAAAUAGCAUCUAUGAGCAGUUCCCUUUCUGUAAAAAGUAUCUUAACAGCUUCUCAACAUAUAUACAUUUUAGAUUCAAAUUAUGGUGUUAUUUCUUUUUAUAAAACCUGGCCAUUAGAAAUUUUUGAAGAAGAAUUAAACAUAAAUUUAAGUUAUUUCGGAGAACUUUAUUCAAUGGAAUUUAUAGAUUUAGGAAAAAUGAUAAUAGCAGCUAGCUCAGGAAUCAUAAUAAUUGAAAGAGCGGGUGGAAAGCUAGGGUUAAGAAGAUUUUCGAAAAAUCCAGAAAAAGAUAUAUGAAUCCAGGGAUACGAAUUUCAAAACUACUAUUUCCUUCAAUCAGCUAGUGGAAUAUUGUCGAUAUUUUCUAUAUCUAAAGAAAAUCAAGUCGAAGCCGCUUAUAAAAUUAAUUUGAAAACUUUAGAUAGUCAGGGUGAUAGAAACAUCCCACGCAUACUUUGUGAUAGAGAAAAAAAUUCAUAUUACUUCCAAAUAUUUGAAGAAGAGGGACUUAAAGCUUAUAGAAUUAAUUUAAAAGAAUGGAAACUAAAAAUAGUAGGAGACUUAUUUUAUGUCAAGGUUACAGCAAAAGACGAUGAUAGCCAAGAAAUAUCAGAUAUUUUAAACGUCAUUUCAAUUCCAAAAAAUUCUGAUAAGAUUUUGGCACUAGAAGAGGGGCGAUUAAAAGUGCCUGAGCCUAUAGAUUUACAAAUAAGUGAGAAAAACUCAAUGCUAUUAUUCUUUCCUUCCACUUAUUUUUCAGGGCCAAAUCUUACAUAUGAGUUUAUUUUCCCACAUUCAGAAAAAUUCAAAUAUGAAAUUUCUAAUAUAACCAGGCUAGAAUUAGAAGAAAGCUUUACCUCUCCUGAUGGUCUUCAAAAUUUUCUAGUUUCUGACUCAGUAUUUUAUUAUUUUUAUGAUAAUAAAAUUGACUUAGAAAGAACCAAAUAUUUCAGAUUCACUUUAAAUAUAGCCAACCCAAUAAAAAUGUUGGAAAAUAAUGGAUAUUAUGUGGUUUAUUCAAGUCCAAAUAAAAAUAGAUUUCUUAUAUCAACCCUUUUAUCUGAUGAGCAAACAUUGAAUUUAGUAGAAGAAAUGGAAUCAGAGAUUGAUUGCAUGUUUUUAGAUUUCUAUAAUAGCUGACUACUAUGUGGAAAUAAUGAAACAAUUAAUAUUUAUAAUUGGAGCGGGUUUUGAAAAAAAAUGUUUUCUUUAACUGAGAUUAUGGAUCAAAUUAAUUUUAAGUUAGAAAUAGCUGAUGCUUUUCAAAACAAGGAUAAUGGUUUUAUUUAUAUACUUGACAGAAAUUUUGGAGUAUUCGUUAUCAAAAUGUUUGAGAGGCAAAACUCAAUUAAAUUCGCAUUAAGAACGAGAGGAAUAUUUAAAAUUUUGAUGCUAGAAGAAGGAAAAAUGGGGCUUAUUUAUGAAGACAAAGCUGAAAUUUAUAAUUAUCUUUUUCAACUUGAAAAAACUAUAUUUUUUAAAGCAGUGGGACCACUUACAAAUGCUUUUGUGCAUCAAUCCAUUAUUUUUAUACAAAUAGGUGCAAUUUUUUAUGUAUACAAUCCAAGUCAAUUGUCACAUGAUGCAUUAGUCUAUUCAUUUGAAAUCCAAAGCCCAGGAAUCAUUUCUAGAGGCUUAAAUUGUUGGUAUGAGUUAUUGAUUACCAAUUAUAAUCCAGAUGCAAAACUUAUUGAAAUAUACAAGAGCUCACUUCCAAAUAAAGAUUUUUUCCCUUAUGUUUAUAAAAUUAGCAUAAUUGCUGAUGACAUUGAUAGUCUACAGAGCUCAAUCUAUCAAGAAAGUUUUUCAGUAAUAGCAUAUAAUGCUCAUGAAAAAAUGGAAGCCAAUUUUUCAUUAUUGUUGCACGCUGAUGGGGGCUUCCCAUGAAUAGAAAAUGAAAAAUUAGUUAUCCAUGAGAAUUUACCUUAUAAUAAUAGAUUUGAGGUAGAUUUAAGCAGCUCAUUUCAUGGACAAUAUUUAAAUAUGAGCUUAAAUAUCAAUGGAAUUAAUAUUAAUGAUGAAAAAUCAGAAAUUUUGCCAGCUUUCAUACCGAAAAGAGUAGAAGUUGUAGGAGAGCAUCAAGCAAAAAAUAAUUGAAUGAAAGACCAUAUAAUUCUUCCCAGCACAGAAAUAGCUUUGAUAGCCAGUGAAAAUGGUUUUCUUUUUGUGAAUUCAACAGGCUUUAAUGAUGAAGAAAAAUUUUUGAAUAUUUCUGAGCAUACUAAUCUCAAGAGCUUGACUUGCUCUUUAGUUGAAUCCUUUCCACAUACAAUUAAAAAUUUGGCAUUAAUAGUUGCAUCUUGCAAUUAUCAGACUGCAAGUGAUAAUCUUUUUGUGGAAACAGUGAAAGAAUUUGCUCUCGAAAAUGCACUUAUUUUGUGGGAAAUCGAUUUUAUUAGCUUAAAAAUUACAAAUUAUAGUUUAUUCAGUGUUGCUGCAGGACCAUGAUGCUUUAAAAUUGCCCCACUAACUGAAAUAGACUUUGAGCUAAUGGUUGCAAUGGGUGAUAAUAACUUUUUUGAUUAUAAUGAUGUUUUAAGAUUUAGAGGAAAAUGAAUUGAAAAUCUUAUAACCAUUCAGCUUUUAGAAACUAUAAAUUUCUUUUCAUUAGAUGUUCCAUCUUUUUCCCCUGUGUCACUUGAUUACAAGGUAAAAAAUUCUCAAACUUCUUACUGAUAUCUAGCAGACAAAAAUUAUGGAAUUAGAGUUUUAGAAACUAAUAAUAACCAAAGAAGUCAUUUGGUAGGGGAGCUCCCCUAUCUAAAUAUUCAUAACUAUUUCAUUGCAUUUGGUCUUUGUGGAGAUAUUUUAUAUCUUUCUUCAUCUAUUUCAACAAUAGUGUCUUAUAAGAUAAAAGACUAUAUUUAUUUUGAAAAAGGCUCUGAUUAUAAUAUUUUGAAAUGAUCAGAAGGUGCCUAUAUUGGAGCACAUAGUCCUAUUAUAUGUUCAAUGGAUAAUCGAUAUUUUGCAGCCCACACAUUCAAUUAUAAAUCCUUAUUUCUCACAAUUUUUGAUACAAAAUCUCAAAGCAAUUCGAAUCUCUACCCUAAUGUUUAUCUCUCUCUCACUAGUUUUGCUCCGAUGAUGCUAAAAGCAAAAUUUAUCACUGAAAAUGAAAUUUCUGCAAUUUUCUAUUCUAGUUUUGCAUAUAAAAGACUCAAGAUAAAUCAAAAUUCUUUAAUAUUUCCAAAUAUGAACAAAACUCAGUAUAAUGAAAUAAUAAGCGAAUGGGGAACUGAGAAUUUCAGCAUUACAAUUACUGCAGAAAAUAUGAAUAGUGUUGCUAAUUCUUCGACCAUUUAUUUUACACGUGAAAUAGAUUCAGGGACUUUAGUUCAAAGCAAUUUAUUAGAUUUUACCUAUUGACUGGUAAGAUUUUUAAUUCUUAUUGUCAUUUUAGCUGUUUUUGCAGCAAGCUUAAACUUCGCUAAAAGAAUCGGGCCAAAGCAUAAAAUAGUUCAAGCAUAUUUUGAUGAAAAAGCAUUGAAGGCAUAA